GCCGUCGAGUUAGAAACGUUAAAGCUUUGCUAAAAUAUUCUUAAAACACAAAUUAAAUCAAACGAAAAUGGAUUUGGCACAGAAAAAUGUGGUUUACCUCGGCGGCUUUGGUGGCAUUGGCCAAAAGGUGUGUGCAGAGCUGCUUGGACGCCAACUCAAAGCGCUGGCCGUCUUUGAUCUGUUGCCAAAUGAGCAGCUGCUGAGUGAGUGGCAGUCCAAGUAUCCCCAAACGCAGACCUUUUACGAAAAAGUGGACAUCACCAAAAGAUCGGAUCUGGAAGCGGCCUAUAAGGCGGCGGCUGCCAAAAUGUCGCAAUUCGAUGUUGUGGUAAACGGCAUGGGGCUGAUGAAUGAUCGAAUGCUGCUGCCCACCAUAGAGAUUAAUCUGACGGGCGUUAUACACAGCAGUCUCAUAGCUUUGGAUUAUAUGGAUAGAACUAAGGGCGGUCAGGGUGGACAAAUUGUUAAUAUAUCCUCAGUGGCGGGACUGGAGCCCACAGCCAUUAUGGCUAUCUACUCAGCAGCCAAGCAUGGUGUGACCGCCUUUACACGCGCUCUAGCGCACGAUUUCUAUUUUCUACGCACUGGCGUUGCCUUUGUUACCAUUUGUCCUGGAUUUACGGACACCUCCUUGCUGCAUGAUCUGGGCGAUAAAACGACCUUUGACAUUGAGGCGCCCAAAGUCUAUGAUAGAGUUAAGCGCCAGUCGGCUGAAGUUUGUGCACAGAAUCUGGUCAAGGCCAUAGAGCUGAACAAGAAUGCUGCUGUUUGGCUCUUGGAUGUGGGUGAACUAAAGCAACUUGAAAUGCCAGUCAUGUGGACGCCCGUGCUGCAGGAUUAGUGCCAUAAGCUAAUCGAUAUCUUUGUUUUUAACAUAUCGCUUUUAAUUUGUUUAU